ACAUUCUCGCAUCCUCACUCCCUUUCUGAAUUUCUGUCCCUUCCUCCGCAGCCAAAACUACCAACCUCUCUCUCUCUCUCUCUCUCUCUCUCUCUCUCUCUCUCUCUCUCCCUCCAAGUCUCCAUUUUCUCUUCUGCAACAGGGUUUCGUUGAAGAAACAGGAUAAAAGACUUAAUCUUCUCUUCUUGGUUAUUACGUGCGUUGGGGUUUCUAAACUUUUUUCAACGACUUGGGCAGUUGGAAGAAGAAGAAAAAGUGAACAAAAUAAUCAGAAAGUCGCAGCCUUCGCGUACAAAUUUUCUUUCGAUUUUAUUUUUCAAAUUUUCCUAUUUCGCAAUCAGGUGGUGUCUGGUGAUUGUCCCGUUCGCUACGCAAUUUCUGACGCUCCUGAUUAGACCCCUUCUCUUCUCCUCCUCCAUUUAUCUGUUCCUCUGAGCUUUCAUUUUUCUACAGAGCGACAGAAAAAUGGCGGAAAAUCCAAAGUUGGAUUCUGAUUCUGGGGAGGUUUAUGGAUUAGAAGAGAGAAUGGGAACCCAGAAAAUAUCGGUUUCGGAUCAUAUAAACGGGUUUCAUUACACCGCCGAUAAAUCUGACAGCUUCGUCAUCGACAUGGAAAGCUUCUCCCAUGGCGGCACCGAUAAAGAUGCCACUGCAAAUUCUAGAGUCUCGAUGCAGAGAAAUCUUUCCCGGAAAUGGUCUCAGAGAGGUGGGGAGAAGAAGAUAAUCUGCAAAGGAGUUUCAAACGACAAAGAAGUUUCAUCUACAACGUCCUCACCCGUAGCUACUAUUGUAGGGUCUAGCACGCCUGAAAAGUCCCCACUAGCUGUUGGUACCAUAGAUCAAUCGAGCAACCCACACGUUCAUCAUCAGAUCACCGUCACCGCGGCCAACAUUAGCACCACCACCGAAGGGAGGUGCGUUGUACGGAGGAAUAGUUUCCGGCGCUCUUCCUCUUGGGGCAUUGAUCCCAAGAGGGUUCUCCUCUUCUUUGCCACCAUGUCAAGCGUUGGAACAAUCUUACUCAUAUACUUCACGCUUUCGAUUGCCAAGUACAAUGCAGACGAGAACAGUCUUGAUUGGCAGCAAUGAUACAAGUUGUACACCUUCUAGUUGAAUUUAAGACACGAAACGAUCCAUGACGGAAAGGUAGCUAGCUAGUCGAAAAAAGCGGCUUCUUUCGACGAGAGAUACGGUUUUUUGGAUCGAGAAAAGCUAACAACAUUCCAUCAGCAUGUCUUGGUACAGAAAUCGAAAACUCCUUUUUUGAGGCACUAUACAAAGUUUUAGAAGUGAAGACAGAGACAUACUGCAUUGUGACAGGAAGGAAUCUUAACUUUUUUUUAUGUAGACGAGUGAGAUGAAAAUACUUGAUGUGUUCUUUGUAUGUAAAGUGUUUCUUUUCAAUAAAACUAAUGAAAAUGACUUGAAAA